UCAAACAUAUGACAAGUGUCAAAGACGUUUAGAAAAUCCUUGAGAUUGGUUUUAUUUUACAUGUCUACAAUAGGUUUGCCUAACAAUUACCGAAACUAGAGAUAGGAAAUUAAAAUGCUACGAAGUGUUGUUCCUGCCUUGCGCAGUAUACGUCUAGUGUCAACACCGUGUUAUAAUGCUGCCAGGAACAUUCUUUUUCAACCAAGGAGUUUUGCAACUCUAAGCAAAGUGAGCAACAAUUGUGCAUUACCACAACUCAAAAAUGAUUCUCUUAUAAAUAAUCGACAAAUAUUGGAGAUAUCGAAGAACAUUGUAGUGGUUCCAGCGAGAACUGUAAUAAAGUUUAGCUUACAGAAAGGCAAGCGAAAAUCUGUUAAGGCUGUAGUUAAAAGAUUCUUCAGAUUACAUUGGGGUGGAUGGAUAAGAACCAAAAUUGGAAGGCAUAAAAAGUUAUGGAAAAAAUCUCCUAAUCAAAAGCGUAGAUUAAAGCAACAUGUGUUUUGCAAUGCAACACAGAAUACUUUGCUGGAUAAAAUGGUUACUAGAUAUUGGAAAAAGCCGAGAUAUUAUGUUGAUGAUCCAUAUGCACCUUACCAUACAAGAGAAGAGUUCCCCGUCACAAGAAGAAAACCAAGAGAUAUUUAUUGAGUAAUAUUUGUGAUAGUGACUAGAAUUAGAUAAAAUAUAAUGUGUUUACUUUCAAA